AUAAUGUGAUAGUACGCGAGUGCCAUGCACUACUGCAUCUCUCGUGUUGGUUGCUUCUAAUUUCUAUGAACCUUUUUCCUCUGCAAGAAUCUAAUUAUGUUUCUGUUUACUUAUUUCAUUUUUUUACAAUGUAUGCAUAUUAAACACCAAAUAAAUAGAAAAAAGUUCAUCUAAACUAUUUGAUAUUAGAGAAGUAAAUAUAUACUUAUUCUUGAUAUCAAUAAAGUACGUUUCUCACUAAAUUUAAGUGUGCAAAUACAUUUUUAUUUGCUAGCUUUAGAGGAAUUUUGUCUUUAAUAAAUAACAAAGAUAAAUUCUUAUUUUUCCCCCAUAAAAAACUGUCUUAAAACAAUUUCUACAUGUAAGGCAUAGAUAACUAUGGGACUAAUCGUUGGGUUGAGUGUGGUGGUAGAUAAAGUACCAUAAAUAGCCAAGUUCGUCCCUGAAAGUGUCCACCGCCUUCAACUUCGUCCCUAAACUUCUAAAAUGACGCCCGUGGUCCUUGGAAGUGGCAAAUCUCCCUCAUUGAUGGUCCUUCGUUAAAAAAAAGUAACUUCCGUUAACGGAAGUGUGACAUGGAUUUUCUUUUUUUAUAAAUCCAUAGCUGAUGUGGAAUGUUAACGUUGUGGAUGUUUGGGAAGGGUUCAAUUUAGUCCUUCCAGCCCUUUAUAUGAUGAUGAACCCUAAAAUCUCAAAUUCCCCUAAUUCGCAUAACCCUAACCUUCCAAGCUUCCUUCGUCAUUUCCUCUGAAUUCUCCUUCCCUCUCUGUCGCAAUUGAACACACAAUGAGUGGGAGCUCCAAGUCGCGGAUUCAACCGAACAAUUGCAGGAAUUACAGUGCUUCUUCAUCCUCUCGUGUGCAUGCUGUUGUUCCCCACUGCAAAUGUGGUCAAGAGGCUGUGGUUAGGGUCUCGAGGACUGAUUUGAACCCAGGAAAAGCUUUCUAUAGUUGCUAUUUACCUAAGGGUCAUGUGUCCAAUUGUAAUUUUUUUCGUUGGGUUGAAGAAGAAGGUGAAGUGGUUUCAAAUGGGCAGAACCCUAACAACAAUGAUGAAGAAGUGAGGCUGUUGAAGGAAAUUUUGUUGCAGAAUCAGACCUUGUUGCAGGAGGUAGUGAUGAUGAAGGAGAUUAUGCAGAAGAAGAAUGAGUUUUUGGUUGAAGAGAUUAGGAUCAUGAAGGGAAUUAUGCUGAAGAACAAUGACACUCAUAUGCAACAAAUUCACUUCAUGAAAUCAUGUGUGAUAUUCAUGGGAUUUGCUGUGUUGUUUAUGGUGUUUUUGAAACUGUUUGUGUAGAAUGAGUGAACCUAGGGGAGAGGGGGGGAGGGAAGCAGUUUGUAAUCAUGUAUUGUUUUUCUGUAUUAGUCUAUUGAAC